AACGUCAGAGCGUGCCAGAACUUUAUGUCUACUGCGCAGGCGUCUUCUUGUCUCAACCCGAGCGUCGCCUAAGGCUAACUAUCGACGAGUUUGAGGUCCGUUACUUUCCUCUGUUCCUCUGCCAUUAAAGGAACUUAGUGCGUCGGUCAAGUCUCUGCUCCUCCUGCUUCUUCCCGCACCUCAUCCUUUCCAAAUCAAGGUCAGGCGCCGGUCAGAAGUCCAUGGAAGCGCGCGCACUGGAUGCAUGAUUGACAUCCAGUAGUGAGUUCUUCGGCUGUGGAGCUGUGGAAGCAGAGCCUGGAAUUUGGCAGGGCUGGAAUAGAAGCGGUUCAUGAGCUUGAAAGUCCCCUCUAACCACGAAAGACUGUAGGUCAGCUGCAGUAGUUUGCCCGGCGACAUCAGCGUCCAGCAGUGAUCCACACGGCACUCCCCACUCAAAGCUAAAAGUGGAGAGAGACGGGGCAGCUUUCGGUAUCACAGAGUGACAGUCACUGAGACAGACCCUGAGGCUGUCUCGGUACUUCCUGUUUCUCACGCUCUAGACUUUAACCUUUAGGGCUCUCUGCGUGCACGCCUCCUCUGCCAAUAAAAGCAAAGUUCCUCGGCCACUCUCAACCAAUAUUUACCAAGUAUCUCCCAGUAGACGCUCUGGUUUGCGCCUGAGAAAAAUUCCCGGAGAAAAAGUCAAGAUUUGUCCCCCGCCCCUUAAACAUCUGGAGAGAUUCUUAUUUCCCAUAAAUUUGACUGUGAUGAAGUACGGGUCAUAAUUUAGCAAGUCUGCUUGUUAACUUAUUUUAAAAGAUCAUCAGAGGCUGUGGCUUGAGAGUUAGGAGUCAGGCAGAGUUAACAGGGAAGCUAUGGAAGCAACUGAGAAAGAGGAAAUCAGUGUUGAAGAUGAAGCUGUGGAUAAAACCAUUUUCAGAGACUGUAGCAAGAUUGCUUUCUACAGGCGGCAGAAACAGCAGCUCUCCAAGAACACCACCUACCAGGCAUUGUUAGAUGCAGUCACAACAGAACAGGACAGGACCAGGUUCCAAAUCGUCAGUGAAGCAACUAAGGUUCCUCUCCGGGUUGAAGUUUAUGGUAUAGAGAAAAAUAUUUUCAGACUUAAAAUCAAUGAAGAAACUCCACUGAAACCAAGGUAUGAAGUCCCUGAUGUCAUCAUGAGCAAGCUAGGAACUGUAAGGCUGGUCUCGUGCUCAGGGGAUGCUGGCAGCCUGAUACUGGCAGAUGGAAAAGGCGACCUGAAGUGUCAUAUCUCAGCAAACCCAUUCAAGAUAGACUUGGUGUCUGAGGACGAGACUGUGCUCAGCAUCAACUCCCUGGGCCAGUUAUACUUUGAGCACCUACAGAUUCCUCACAAGCAAAGAGCUACCAAAGGGAACCAGGAGAGUGUGACAGCUGACUCCUCUCAGGAAAAUCAAGAAGACCUAGGCCUGUGGGAAGAGACAUUUGGAAAAUUUGUGGAUGUCAAAGCUAAUGGUCCUUCCUCUGUCGGUUUGGAUUUCUCCUUCCAUGGAUUUGAACAUCUCUACGGUAUCCCUCAACAUGCAGAGUCACACCAACUUAAAAAUACUGGGGAUGGAGAUGCAUACCGUCUUUAUAACCUGGAUGUCUAUGGAUAUCAAGUACACGACAAAAUGGGCAUUUACGGUUCAGUGCCUUAUCUCCUGGCCCACAAACAGGGCAGGACUGUAGCCGUUUUCUGGCUGAAUGCCUCAGAAACACUAGUGGAGAUCAACACGGAGCCAGCAGUUGAGUACGUCCUGACCCAGAUGGGCCCAGCAGCUGCCAAACAAAAGGUCAGGUGUCGAACGGAUGUGCGCUGGAUGUCGGAGAGUGGGAUCAUUGACGUUUUUCUGCUGACAGGGCCUACACCUUCUGACGUCUUCAAGCAGUACUCAUCCCUCACAGGCACACAAGCCAUGCCCCCUCUUUUUUCCCUGGGGUACCACCAGUGCCGCUGGAACUAUGAAGAUGAGCAGGAUGUGAAGGAAGUGGAUGCAGGUUUUGAUGAGCAUGACAUUCCAUAUGACGUCAUGUGGCUGGACAUAGAGCACACCGAGGACAAGAAAUACUUCACCUGGGACAAAAAGAGAUUCGCAAACCCCAAAAGGAUGCAAGAGCUACUCAGGAGCAAAAGACGCAAGCUUGUGGUGAUCAGUGACCCCCACAUCAAGGUGGAUCCUGACUACUCAGUAUAUGCUAAAGCCAAGGAACAGGGCUUCUUUGUGAAGAACCCAGAAGGUGGCGACUUUGAAGGCAUAUGUUGGCCUGGUCUCUCGUCUUACCUGGAUUUCACCAAUCCCAAGGUCAGAGAAUGGUAUUCCAGCCUUUUUGCUUUUCCUGUUUAUCAGGGAUCUACGGACAUCCUCUUCAUAUGGAAUGACAUGAAUGAGCCCUCGGUCUUCAGAGGACCAGAGCUAACCAUGCAAAAGAAUGCUGUUCAUUAUGGCAACUGGGAACACAGGGAACUUCACAACAUCUACGGAUUUUAUCAGCAAAUGGCUACUGCAGAAGGACUGAUACAGCGAUCGGAAGGGAAGGAGAGACCCUUUGUCCUUUCACGUUCUUUCUUCGCUGGAUCACAAAAGUAUGGUGCAGUCUGGACAGGAGACAACACAGCGGAAUGGAGCUAUCUGAAAAUCUCCAUCCCGAUGUUACUCACCCUUAGUGUCUCGGGGAUCUCCUUCUGUGGAGCUGAUGUGGGUGGCUUCAUUGGAAAUCCUGAGGCAGAGCUGCUGGUGCGUUGGUACCAGGCUGGAGCUUAUCAGCCCUUCUUCCGUGGCCAUGCCACCAUGAACACCAAGCGGCGAGAACCCUGGCUGUUUGGGGAGGAAUACACCCAACUGAUCCGGGAAGCCAUCAGAGAGCGCUACACCCUCCUACCCUAUCUGUAUUCUCUGUUCUACCAUGUCCACAUGUCUUCUGACCCUGUCAUGAGGCCUCUGUGGGUUGAGUUCCCAGAUAACUUAGAGACUUUUGGUGUGGAUGAUGAAUACAUGCUAGGAAGUGCUUUAUUGGUUCAUCCAGUCACAGAACCACAGACCACCAUGGCUUCUGUAUUCCUGCCAGGGAUAAAUGAGGUCUGGUAUGACUCUAAGACAUUUGCACAGUGGAAAGGAGGGUGUACUGUGAAGAUUCCAGUAACCUUGGAUACUAUACCAGUGUUUCAACGAGGCGGAAGUGUGGUACCAAUAAAGACCAGUGUGGGAAAGUCCACAGGCUGGAUGACUGACUCCCCAUAUGGACUGAGGGUUGCUCUGAGCACACAGGAUUCUGCUGUAGGCGAGCUGUAUCUCGAUGACGGCCAUUCAUUCCAGUACCUCCAUGAGGACCAGUUCUCACACCGCACGUUUUCAUUCUGUUCCGGUGUUCUGACCAGCAGGUGUGCUGAUGCGAAAGGCCGUUAUCCCAGCAAGUGCACAGUGGAGCAGAUCUUGGUCUUAGGCCUAAGGAAGACGCCAUCUUCUGUGACUACUCACUCAUCUGAUGGUAAAGUUCAGCCUGCAGCUUUUACAUACUACGCCAAAACAUUCACCCUGAGUCUGGAGAAGCUCUCCCUGAGCAUAGUUGAUGACUGGGAGGUCCAUAUCAGAUGAUGGGCAGGUGCCCUGGUGAUGAGGGUGGGAGCCUCUGGACCACUCACCCUCCUGGCCUCCCGUGAGAUCUAUGCUGCCAUCCAAUUGGCUUCCCUGGAAAAAAAUGAUAUUUUGCUUAUAUCAAGUGUACUGAUGGCCAGUAGAUUUUAGAUUUAAAGAUUUCAGGUUUGGAGGCCCCUCCUGUAAUCACAGUACUCAGAAAGCUGAGAAAGAAGGAUCGUGAGUUCAAGACCAGCUUAAGCUGUAUCACACAAGACCUUGUCUCAAAAAAUCAAAAACAAGAUUUCAAAUUUUACAUCUAAAGAUGUAUUGUUGGAACACUGUAUAAAUACUGCGCUUCCCACAGACCCACAAAGCCCUGAGCCGUGGCUAGAGCUCAAUGAGCAGCCCGACCUGGAGCUCCUCAGGACGCCCAUGUGUGGGGCGUGUUGCAGGGCUUGCUGCAGGCUGUGCAGCAGUCACUCUGGCUGUUGCAGCAGCAGAGCUGCCGAAACCAUCUCCCAAUUGAUGACAGAGCCUGCUCCUCUCAGGGUCGCCUUCCACCACAGCAAUGCAGGCAUAGCGCUCUCUCCUGCAGAUGCCCUCUCCUGCAUGGGCAGGGCUGCGGGAAGCUCUCCCUAGACAGUGACUCCGGAGCUCAAGGGUUGGUGUCCCUUUCUUGCUUCUUAGACUCAAAAGUACCAAGUCAGUCUUCAAAUUCAUAUGUACUCCUUUUAAUUAUGUUUUACUAAAUAUUCUCUCCUUAUCAAAGAAUAUUCAUAACAUGAAUAAGCUAUAAUUAGUAAUAAUGAACUUCAAAAAUAGAACACAAGUAAAAGGCACUUGUUUUAGACACAAUCAAUAAUCAAAAUAAGGAAUAUUUUAAUGCAUGUCUUUAAAAAUCAAAAUGAAUGCAAAAUCCCAGGCUAAGCAAAAGAUUUUAAAUAAAGAAGCUCAGUGUUACUGACUUCCUUUUGCACUGAGUUCCGAUAUGUCUUAGCACAGUCUUGAAUAUUGUAACAUAGCAUUGCAUCCCAAUGCUUCUGACUCUGGAGACCCCAAGGCUCCCUGCUGUCUGCUUCAGCAGCUACUGGGGAGGCCUCAGUUCCUCAGCAUAUGAGCCUCCCACCACAUUUCUUCCAUGUAGCCACCCGCAGCUGCUACCAUUCUGCCUUCUCUUUCCUUAACCACAGCACCCUCCGCUGCUUCCACCUGUACAGCUUUACUACCCUUCCAGACCCAACCCAGUUCCUACUACCUGACACCCCAGCCCCCCAGAACCCACUGGCAGCGAUUUCCCCUUCUCUGAAAUGCUGCCCCACAAAUAAUUGUGCCCUACUUUACAUUCUCAGGGAUGUGCCUUAUUGCUAUAAGGACGACUGUGUAUUUUCCUACUAGAGUGUAUAUUCCUUAAGAUCAUGUUCUAUUGCUCUCAUAUCUGGUAUACCACUGUGGGAGUUUAAUGAAAAAUGCCCCCUAUAGACUCGUAUGUUUGCCCAUUGAUGGCACUGUUUGGGGAGGUCGUGGAACUUUUCAGAGGUGCAUCCUUGCUGAAAGUAUGCCAUCGAGGAUGGGCUUUGCUCAGUUAUAGCCUCACUCCAGUUCCUGUUUGACUACUCUACGUCCUGUGUGCUGUUGAGCACUCAGCCACCUGCUCCAGCACCUGCUGCCACGCCUCCCUCGCUGUUAUGAACUCUCUGUGGAAUGUAAGCCAAAAUAAAUUCUUCUGUGAGUUGC